CCACUCAACUUCGGCAAGUGAGCUCGCGAGUAAACAGCUUUCUGCAGAAGGGGCCGGUGGAUUUACCUCGAAAAUGCUCAAAAAGAAAUCAAGUAGCACUGAAAAGAAACGGAAACACUUGCAGUCUGACGAACGACACGAGAGCAAUAAACGCAGAGCUGCAGAAUCCAACUUAGAGCAGGACUCCAAGGAUGAACUCGCUGACGCAGAGCUGGACAGGAUUGGCAGUGACAUCGAGGAUGGCGGACUGGACCUCAGCCUGCCGUUCAAGCCGAUCACUGCUUACGUCGCCGACAAGCGUGAGAUGCUGGAGCAGUGUCUCCAUGUGCUGGGGGAGAAGAAGCUCCGGAAAAUGCUGCCCGACGAACUCAAGGACUGUAGUUUAGAGGAAAUCCAAAAGAUGUGCUGGGAUCAACUGGAGCUGAUCUCGGAGAACAAUCUUACGCAGAUCUUAGCAGGGGAAGAACUGACAUCUGGGAGUAACGAGGAAACAACAGAAGAGACCUUGGAAAGCCAGCAAGACAAUAAUGUGGACUCUACAUCUUGCCUAAAAGAAACUGCAAAAGCGGAGGACCCUAAGCCAGAGGGCGUCGGUUCCGGCGAGGAGAGCGACGUCCUCAGCAUAAACGCAGACACUUACGAUAGUGACAUAGAGGGACCCAAAGAGGAGCCGACUGUUAAAGCUGUGGACGGGGCAGUGGAAGUAGCGGACAGCAGCAAGGAGCAAGGAGCCGACCCAGUUGUGAACCCGGGCCCGAUCAAUCCUGAGCCCCCCGCAGGCUCCCAACCAACGGAGGCAAAGAAAGACAUCCUGAGCGACAUAGACAAAAGCGUCAGUGAGAUUUUAGCCAUUUCGUCCUCUUCAAGCAAAGAGGAAGCUAAAGAACCGAGCGUACCUCCGCAGGCCGCAGACGUUAGUUUGCCGGUUCAAGGCGAACCCGUUUCAAGUCGCGCACCUGCAGCGUGUCAGCCGUCAAUUCAGCAGCUGGAGCUCCUGGAGUUGGAAAUGAGGGCGAGGGCCAUCAAGGCCCUGAUGAAAGCAAGUGAUGGGAAAAAGCCUUGUGUUGCAAAGAAUGUGUAGCGUGCCUUGUUUGUUGUUUUUUCAACAUACGAUUGAUUUUCUCUUUUAAGCCCCUGAUUUAUUGUUCUAAAUAUACUUUUCAAACCAUGUUUACACCAUAUUGGAAUGGUGUUGCAGAUUAUUUAAUGAAAACGUAACACCUCAAGCUGUGUCCUACAGCAACUUAAUAAACGUCUUCUGGGAUGAUUAAGUCGUUGGUGUUUCCAUAUGUAUUCUUCUCUCUGGUCACUAGAUGGCAGUGUUUACCUGCCGUGGCGCGUUCAAGUCCAACGUGCAAGAAGGAGAGCAAGAGAUGAUUUAGCUGCUCCCAUUACAGUCAAAAGGGAAAUACAGCAUAAAAGUCUUUUUAGUUACGAUGUUAAUCAGUGACACUGUUACGGUAACAUUAGUUCAAUGUUGUGAGAGCAUCAGAAAUGUUAUGUUUGUUGGCUUUGCCUUGCCAGCCAAAGUAGGGGGCAGCGGUGUCAUGCUGUCGUUUACAGUACAAAGACACACCUGCAGUGUUUCUUCUCUGUACACCUGCUUGACUUGUCAGGCUGAAGUAUUCAUAGCAAGAGCAUGCACUGCCUCUCUCUUUCAUAUUUGCAUCUUCUAAAUGUUGAGGUUGGUUUCUAACAACAGAUGAGGCAAAGACAACAGGAAAUAGUUCCCAUAACUCCCAAAAAGGAAAUGACUCAACGAGAAUUAGAACCAGCUGACCACACCUAAACAUCAGCUUAAAGAACCUGCCAGAGAUACUUUUAAAAUGUUUUGCGUUCCAUUCGUCUGCGUGGCGGCAGGAAUUAAUAGCAUCCUCCCCGCUAAAUGUAGCAUCUUUGCUGUAAUUUAUUCUGAAGCUGCUUUGUUGUGGUAUAAACUGUACGACUCUCUGUGCAAUUACAUGCAGAUGCAGAGCAAAACGGCUCUGUACCCCACUACCCCGAAAGGAGACAAUGAAACGUACAAUAAGAAGCCAACUGCCUCCUGGGUAUUUGCAUUUAAAAGGGUUAUUUCACUGGAGGAAUGAGGGUGGGGUGUGUUCAAUUCGUCUCCAUUCUUGUAUGUGCAGGUAUCUUUGUACUCAUUGAUUAUUUGAAGAGUAAAAAUGUCCACUUACAACAAUUCUAAAGUGCUCAUAGUGUCUAUAAUUGGCGAGUUUGUAUCUGUGCCAUGUUACUGCUAUUGGAAGGCCAAUUGUGAUUUGGUACGAGCAGACAAAUGGCUUUUUAAGCAGGCACCAAAAUGAGUAGCCUAAAAAAAAGCAGAUUGAUGGAGGUGAGAUGAUACUGUUUUGUACUUUUUGAUUUCAAACGAACCGCGUGACCCAUGUUCAAACAUUGAGGUCUGACGCUUCCGUGAACGGUGCUGUGAUGAAAGUCAAAAGCAAGGUUGUGCAAAACGUUUCUGCGCUCACUACUUCAUCUGUUGAAUAUCGACCAAGCCUCGUUUGCGAUCCUCUAAUAUUAUUAUUAUCUUAGGGUGGUUUCAACUCUCAAACUUUUCUUUUCUCCCGCUGCGUGGAUGUUUGCUGUACUUGAAGCCGAGCGACGUGCACGCUUGACGUGCCAACAUGCUUACAUGAUAGCAUGUACACGCAAACAUUCGGGUCUACAAAUACACACAGCUGCAGUAUCCUUUAGCAGUCUGCUCCAAGCACAGCUGUACAUGUAAAUAAAGCACAUCUGGAUGCUGACAGAUGACAGCGGAGGCUGUAGGAUGUUGCUACUCGGCUCGUCGGGCUCUCCUCUACAUGAUCUGACCGAGCUGUGAGACCUUUUAAAGAUAACCACCGUUGAAUUACAACACGACGCCACACUUUUAAUUCUUUUUUUCGGAAACGGUGGUAAGAUUCAAUGAUGAAGGCUGUCUUUCUGAUUUGUAUUAAUCCAACAGUUUGGUUUUCUUGUGUGCAGUGAGCAUUGCGGCCUUGAGCCUCGAUAGGAAAGGUUCACUGUCUUUGCUGUUGCUAAGGCAAAAUGAACCGACCACUUCCCUCCCGACCGUUUGUUUUGGUGCACAUUGCUGCUAUUGUGAUAUUUACAAAUUUCUUUUUUUUUGUGCUUUCAUGCUUUCUUUCAUUCAGUAUUUUGAGAUUUGGAGUGAAUUUCUCUUAAUAUUCGUGCUUUGUUCUUAGUAGCCGCAGGUAUAAGCUGCUGGAAGCACAAGUUGUGAAAACAAAGCAAAGACGAAAAAAAUGUAUUGAAAAAUGUGUUUUUUUUAAGAACACAUCCUGUUUGCAUAAA